GCAGAGAGCAGUCAGAGCAGUCGAGAGGGCGAAAAGUGGAUCGCGAGGUUGGAUGAUAUUUUAAAAGGAAUUCAAUGUUUGUUGUCUGAUAUCAGCUGAUAGUGAUUGAUAUGGAUGCCGAUAACGGAGUCGCGAAUUGCCGAAACGCACGCAUCUGUCCCACACGUGUGACAUUCUCCGGUGAUGCAGGAGAGUGAUGAGUGUAUGGUAUUUUAAGACAUUGGGUGAGUUUGCGCACCACGUACAUCGGUUAUUUCGAUGCUCGUCGUAUCACCGAUUUGUUAUCGCGACGUUUUAUCAUGAAGUUGGAUUGUAAUGACACGUUGUAAUGGUAAUGCGAGUAACGAUAUUUAGUACAUAAUCUUAAUUUGCGGCUGCCAAAAUGCCGUUCAAGUUCCACUUGAAGAAGAGCAGGCAGUACAACGUCGUGUCCAAGAAUCAAUACGUGAUCUGUGUUGAAUUGUUGGACGCCACUUCUAUAGAAUGCACUCUCAGCAUCGACAGCGUCGGUCAGGAGUGCCUGGACAACGUGACGCAACGUUUGGGACUGGGACAACCUGAGUUUUUUAGUUUGCGCUACAUUUGCCGUGGUACAUCAUCGCUUCGAUGGAUAGACAUGGACAAACCUCUAAAGAGGCAGCUUGAAAAAGAUGCUAAGAGCUUUACGCUUUACUUAAGAGUUAUGUAUUACAUUGUGGACGUGCAGCUCAUUCAAGAUGAAAUGACAAGAUAUCAUUAUUAUCUUCAAUUGAAGAAUGAUGUGCUAGAAAACAAAAUACAAUGUAAUUACAGACAGGCUUGCAUAUUAGCAAGCUAUUCUAUGCAAGCUGAGUUUGGAAAUUAUAGCUUGGAGAGACACACAAUCGAGUAUCUUCAACAAUGCACUUUCUUCCCAAAUGAGCUAAGCAAAAUGGAUCCAGGUGGGCAAGAGUCUCUCUUACACACAGCAAUAUGCCAGUACAAGAGUCUUGGCAAUAUGACACAAACUACUGCAGAAGAACUAUAUAUCUCGAUUGCCAUACAGUUGGAGGGUUAUGGUACCGAAACAUUUACUGCCAAGGAUAACAGUAACAAUAAAGUUGUACUUGGAAUUUCCAUCAAUGGAAUUAUGGUAGCCUAUCCUAAUAUGCAAACAACACAAUUUUACAGAUGGAAAGACAUCAGUAAUGUCAUAAAUCAGAAAAAAACAUUUAGAAUAGAGUAUAAGAUGGAAGAAGCGAAGCAGUUUGUAUUUACAGAGUCGCGCGACGCGAAAUAUAUAUGGAGAUUAUGUAUAGCGCAACAUUUGUUUUAUAUACAGUAUCAAGAACGCCGUCCACAAGAAAGAUCUAGUGGCUGUUGUGAUAAUGAUACAAACGAUUCUAGUGAGCAAGCGGUGUCCGUAAAUUCGGACAACAGGGCCUCGGACACACAUACGCGGUGGACAAGUUACAACGAUCUCUCAAUACCGUCACCGUGUCCCGUCGUGUCUGUUUCAUCGACUGAUAUAAAUAGUUUGCGUGCGUUAUUACCAUCAUAUAGACCUGCGCCCGAUUACGAAACAGCAGUCCAAAUGAAAUAUAAUAACGGUGGAAACCCUCCACAGCCUUAUUAUGCGAAUCAAUCUGCAAUAGUUGGUUCAGAUAUCUCGUGCCUGUUGGGUGUAAACCGUAAUAGAUAUUAAAUUAAUGAAAUAUAAAUAAUAAGUUUACUCAAUAUCAAAAGUACUACUGAUAUUUGUGAUGUGAAGAAUUUGAACCAACAUGAAAGAAAAAAAGAUUAUACAGGAUGAUUCAGAAUAACCCGUUGUCUUUCAAGGAACGUAUUCUUAGUCGAAUUUUAAGACGAUGUUUCCUUUGCCAAAAAUUUGUCAGACGCUUAGAUUUUGAAAUAUUAGCCGAUUAAGUUAGCGUAUCACGGGUCGAAUACAG